GGCUGGGGCUUGGGCAUGCCUGGCACGCCGGCCGGAUCCGUAUGCGCGCCGCGUGCCCAUUGGUAUGCGGGAGCCGGCCCGGCGCGGCGGAGGCGGCGGCGCGGGAGGCGGCGGCGGGGCACGUCCGCGCCCCGAGCUUCCCGGGCCCCGCGGGGCGCGAGCCGCGGGCGCCGAGCGGGGCCUCCCGGGGAGACUGAGGCUCCUCCGGCUCCGGCUCCGCUGGCGCCUGCGCCCGCGCGGGCCUCAGUUUCCCCGGCAGCUCUCUCCCGCCUCCGGUUCUUCCGCCGCAGGAGACGCGGAUCCAGAGCCCCGCCGGCGGCCCCGACCCCGCCUGAGCGGCCCCCGCGGAGAUGGCGGCCCCCGGCCCCGGCGGCGGAGAGGGCGGGGGCGGGGCAGGGCGCGGGGGCGGCGCCCCGUGGGACCUGCUGCCCGGGCUCCCGGUCCAGGCCCCGCCCGGACCCUGCCUGCAGGCGCAGCGCAAGGAGAAGUCCCGCAACGCCGCGCGCUCGCGGCGCGGGAAGGAGAACCUGGAGUUCUUCGAGCUGGCCCGGCUGCUGCCGCUGCCCGGCGCCAUCGCCAGCCGGCUGGACAAGGCGGCCGUGGUGCGGCUCUGCGUGGCCUACCUCCGCCUGCGCCGCUUCGCCGCGCUCGGGGCGCCGCCCUGGGGGCUGCGGGCCGCGCCCCCCGCCGGCCUCGGUGGAGCUGACGGGCAGUAGCGUCUUCGAUUACAUCCACCCCGGGGACCACUCGGAGGUCCUGGAGCAACUGGGCCUGCGCACCCGGACCUCCGGGCCCCCCACCUCACCGUCAAUCGCCUCCUCCUCCUCUUCCUCCUCGCUUGCUGACACUCCUGAGAUCGAGGCCGGUCCCCCCGCAGUGCCCUCCGCCCGCGCCCGGGAGCGCUCCUUCUUCGUCCGCAUGAAGUCCACCCUCACCAAGCGGGGGCUGCACGUCAAGGCCUCGGGGUACAAGGUCAUCCACGUGACCGGCCGCCUGCGGGCCCGCGCCCUGGGCCUCGUGGCCCUGGGCCACGCGCUGCCCCCCGCGCCGCUGGCCGAGCUGCCGCUGCACGGACACGCCGUGGUCUUCCGGCUCAGCCUGGGGCUCACCAUCCUGGCCUGUGAGAGCAGGGUCAGCGAGCACAUGGACCUGGGCCCCGCGGAGCUGGUCGGCCGCAGCUGCUACCAGUUCGUCCACGGCCAGGACGCCGCCAGGAUCCGCCGGAGCCACCUGGACCUGCUGGACAAGGGCCAGGUGGUGACCGGCUACUACCGCUGGCUGCAGCGCGCCGGGGGCUUCGUGUGGCUGCAGUCCGCGGCCUCCGUGGCCCUGGGCGGGAAGAGCCCGGGGGAGCGCCACGUGCUCUGGGUCAGCUACGUGCUCAGCCAGGCGGAGGGCGGCCACACGCCUCUGGACGCCUUCCAGCUCCCGGCCAGCGCGGCCGCUGAGGACACGGCCGGCCCCGCGCCGGAGCCCGCAGAGCCAGCAUCUCCGGUGCGAGGGGAGCAGGCGGCCCCCCCGGGCGAGGAGGCCCCCCAGGCCCAGGGCAGGGGCAUCAAAGCGGAGCCGGGCCGAGGGGACGCCACAGAGCCGGAGGACAGCGGGGACGAGGAGCCGGCCGGCCGCCCGGCCCCUCCGCCGCGCGAGUUCACGUCCGUCAUCCGGGCGGGGGCCCCGAAGCAGGGCCUCGCGCGGCCCUGGGGCCUGGUGCCCCCGGGCGACCCCCCGCCGGCCCUGCUCCACGCCAGCUUCCUGCCCCCCGUCGUGCGGGGCCUGUGCACCCCCAGCACCAUCCGCUACGGCCCCGCGGAGCUGGGCCUCGUGUACCCCCACCUGCAGAGGCUGGGCCCCGGGCCCCCCUUCCCCGAGGCCUUCUACCCGCCCCUGGGCCUGCCCUACCCCGGGCCUGCGGGCACCAGGGGGCAGCGGAAGGGGGACUGAGGACAGGAGAGCCUCCCGCCGAGCUGGACCCCUGGGGGGGGGGGUUCAGGCCCUAAGGGGCGGGGGACAGGGCUCUCAGACCAUUAAGAAUUAAAGAUGCCGAAACCGGUGUGGCUCAGUGGAUAGAGCGUCGGCCUACGGACUGAAGGGUCCCGGGUUCAAUUCUGGUCAAGGGCAUGUACGUUGGUUGUGGGC